ACCACGCUUGGAAUGGUGCUGCCAACUCCGCAAACUACGUAGAGGAACUGUCAAAUGGGUUUAUUUACAUUUUUCUAUGCAAUUGCCACCAAAAAAAUUGUUCGCCGGUUGAACGAAUUGUUAAUUAUUUUUAAAUAGUUAAAAAAAUCUAAAGUAUUUGUAUGCAUUUUGUUCAAAUGACAACUUUUCGUGCUUUACUUACGGAUAGCGCCCGUGUUGGUUUCAUUAUGGGCGCCGGCGACGUUAUUAGCCAGACAUGGGUGGAAAAAAGAGAUCUUCGAAACAUUGAUGUGAACCGUAUGCUGAGAUUUGCCUCCGUGGGAAUUAUAUUUGUCGGUCCUGUAUUGAAAACUUGGUACGGAACUCUUGAUAAAUUUGUACCAAAGACGGACCCGCCAUUUAAGCGCGGAUUAAAGAAAAUGGCCUUAGACCAGCUAGUUUUUACCCCAGGAUUCGUAGCAAGUGUGCUGGGCGUGAUUGGCUUGGCAAAUGGCCAAACACGAGCACAAAUAAAGGAGACUCUAAGAGAAGAUUACUUUAUGAUUUUGAGUAGAAAUUAUAUGCUUUGGCCAGCUGCACAAAUUAUUAAUUUCUCAGUGGUUCCAAUUAAUUACCAAGUUUUGUUUGCACAGUUUGUAGCUGUUAUAUGGAAUACCUACCUGUCUAUGAAGCUGAACGAGGAGAAAAAGUAAUUUUUAGCCAACAAACUGCCUAUUAAAGAUGGACUUAUCCUUGCUAUAACG